UCGGCGCUCGAUUGGCCGCGCCUGUCCGGUCCAUCGUGUUGAUGUCCGGGAGGGAGGGAAGAUGGCGGCGGUAGCUGCUGGUGGCCUAGUGGGCAAGGGACGGGACAUCAGUUUGGCGGCCCUGCAGCGCCACGACCCCUAUAUCAACCGCAUAGUGGACGUGGCCAGCCAGGUGGCCCUGUACACUUUCGGCCAUCGGGCCAACGAGUGGGAGAAGACUGAUGUAGAAGGAACCCUGUUUGUUUACACAAGUGCUUAGAACAGUGCUUGACGCAUGGAAGAUACUAAAUAAAUGUUUGUUGACUGACUGACCAAAGAGAGUAUAUAUAGUAUGAGAAAAAUAGCAGUAAAGAUGCCUACAGGUUAACAGAAGAAAACAUCCAAAGAAGGACCCUGCAAUAAAACUCAUAGUCUCAGAUGUCUUCUUACAAAUACACAAACUAUGGGCAACAAAAUAAGGUCAGCUUCUCCCAAACAUGGAUUCACCAUUAUGAAUAGGCUGAGUAUGGAAAAUAGGACUGAACCCAUCACUAAGGACCUGGAUUUCCAACUUCAGGAUCCUUUUCUUCUAUAUAGGAAUGCCAGAUUGUCCAUUUAUGGAAUUUGGUUUUAUGAUAAGGAAGAAUGCCAAAGAAUUGCAGAGCUCAUGAAAAGCCUGACUCAAUAUGAACAACUGAAAGCCCGUCAGGGGGCUAGAGCAGGAAUCUCCCCAAUGAUCCUCAAUUCAGGAGAGGGCAAGGAAGUUGAUAUCUUACGAAUGCUCACCAAGGCCAAAGAUGAAUAUACCAAGUGUAAAACGUGUUCUGAGCCAAAGCAGAUAACCAGUUCAUCUGCCAUCUAUGACAACCCCAAUCUGAUUAAGCCAAUUCCAGUGAAGCCUAGUGAAGGCCAACACCAGCGUGUCCCUCAACAAGGCCAGAACUUAGAUCCUGAACCACAGCACUUAUCCUUGACUACACUCUUUGGAAAACCAGAUAAAACCACUUAUCAGGAAGUUACAGAGCAGAAAUCACAACUGCUACCACCACCACAGCAGCAGCAACAAGAGAAACCUCCCAGCAGACAAGGGGUAGUACGUUCCCUUUCCUAUGAAGAACCCAAAAGAAAUUCACCAACCCCAGAGAAGCAGCUUUGUCCAGCCAUUCAGAAACUCAUGGUCCGGGGCACAGAUCUCCAUCCAGUGUCAGAGCUUCCUGAAACUCGGCUAUGUGAAAAUGGCAGUGUUCACCCUGUAGGAGAAGUUUUCACUGGUCUUUUCCAACCAGUGACCCCACAUAGCAUUGGGACAUCUCACAGAGUACAAAGUACAUCUGGAGCUCAGAGCCUUUUAGAGAAACUUCAGGGUACCCCUGGAUCAGUGAGCAAGUUAGAGUCUAGUACAACAGUGCCUACUAGUUCAACUGCACCAAUUUUCAGCAGGAGUUCUACUCCUGCUGCCCCUGCAGCACAGAUAAAGAGUAUGGGCCAGCCACAGCUAGUGUACUUCAAUGGCUCUCUUCCACCUCAGACUUUGGGGCCUCAGACUCUUAGAAAAGAAGAGUCUAAAGUUUCAAGGCAAACCCUCCCCCUGUCUGGCAACCAAACAAGCAGUUCUGGAGUGAUCUCUCCUCAAGAGUUGCUGAAAAAGCUGCAGAUUGUACAGCAGGAGCAGCAGUUGCAUGCAUCGAACAGACCUGCCUUAGCUGCUAAGUUUCCUGUAGUUACCCAAAAUGCUAGGACUCUGAAACCCUUGGAAGCCUGGAUUGACAAGACAUCUAAUGCAGAAAAACAGACUCCUCUUUUUCAGGUCAUCUCACCUCAACGCAUUCCUGCUACUGUGGCUCCUUCUCUGCUGAUGUCCCCUAUGGUGUUCUCUCAGCCUACACCUUCCUCACCCAAGGUUAGUGAGAGUGGAUUGUUGCCGUUAGGAAGCAAAGAACCCAAUGCAGCUGCUACCAGCCUUCUUCUGCCAAUCCAGAACCCAGAGGCUUCUGUGAUUAACAACAACUUGCUGACCAAACUACAGCUUCAGGAAACACUUCUGCACCUCAUCCAGAAUGAUGACAAUUUCUUAAAUAUAAUCAAUGAAGCUUAUCUCUUCAGUGUCACACAAGCGGCCAUGAAAAAGACUACUAUGUAAAAAGAAAACUUUUUUAACUGAUGAUUUCCAAGGGACUUUCGGAAUUCCAGCGAAACAAGGUUCUCCUAAUGUCAAGUGUUAUUACAGUAAAUGUUUUUGCAUUUUUUAAAAUGUGUAUACUAUUAUGAAAUAAAAUGUCCUGGACUUUUUA